AUAUCCAAGGAAUAUAAUCAUUGACCAGCGCUGGUAUAGCUUCAUCAACGAAAAUCCUGCCUUCAAGUUUACUAAUUUGAGUCAAACAAAAGGAAUUACAUUGCCUCCUAAAGGAUGUAUAGAUAUCUCAGUAUUAUUUAUACCUCAAAUCAUGACAUUAUACAAAACAAUGGUCAUUGUUCAGAUGACAAAAGCAAAUAAAAGAAAUUGGCGUAUUGACAAUUUUGAUGAAUUGAAUCCAGAGAUACUAAGACCUUUGGGAAUAGACAAUGAUGAAAUUCAAGCAAUAUACUGGUUGUACCCUAUUAUUGGACUACCACAGGCACCACCUCCUAAAUGCCCUCAAGUUGUCAUAACAUGUCAAGCCAGGAAGCGUGUAGAAGAGAAAGUGGAAGUCAAAUUGAAUGGUAACUUUUUUGGAGACCGUCCUUCACCAGCGAUGAAAGACUUUUCUGUGAUUCCAAAAAGAAGCUCAAUUGCUUAUGAAGUUGUGGAAGAAUUCUUUGUCAUUGGCUCUUGA